CGCCGGUCCUCGUUGCUGCCAAAGUCACACCGCGACGCAGCCUUAUGCCAGGCCAGGACCCUGUCGACUAAUCAGCUCGCUUCGGCAUCUCCUUACUGCCCGUCGUCGCUCCUAGAUGCCUAGAUGCCUAGAUGCCUUCGCAAUCAUGUCGUCUGUCGCCGGCGAUGCGGCUCUUGAGCAUGUCGGGCAUCGAAAUUGGCGCAGCGCCAAGCCCGUUCCUGACGCUCAGUCUCACCCGCAUGGCUCACUGGCAUGUCCCAAAGCCUCGUUCCUCGACCAUGUGGGAGCGCUUGCCAUGUUUCAACGACGCAUCGGUCCCACGUGGAUGCGCAAGAAAAGCCCACACAGCUUAGCCGCGUUAGCCCUCCGCAACCGUCAACCGUCAACCAUUGUCUCUUGGCUCUGGGCGUCUCUUUGUUGUUGCUGUCACUCUGCGAGAAUUAGCUGUGCCAUGCCUCGACAACCCCCGGCAACGUGAGGGACAACGGCACGAAUUCAAACACUGUGCCGACAUGAUGCUUUCGCGCCCUGCCGACUACCGAACAUUGGACGACAUUGACAUUAACGUUACUGUUAUGCUGUUGGAGAACUGAGCCUUGAAAGCA